ACAGACAGACGUUUGACGUUUUACCCAGAUAGCUAUUCACGACAGAAAAGUAAACAAUGAACACUUUACGGCAGUAAACAUGGCGUCGCACUUCAGCGGUGUGUUACAGUUGACAGAUCUGGAUGACUAUAUCACUCCGUCUCAGGAAUGUGUCAAACCAGUCAAAGUCGAGAAGAAACAAGGCAAAUCCGUGGCCAAAAUUCAAAUAGAAGAUGAUGGAAGUUACACCCAAAUCAAUCAGGUUGGUAGUAAGACAAAGCUGGAAAAAGCAAAGAUCACUCUGAAUGAUUGUUUGGCCUGCAGUGGCUGCAUUACGUCAGCAGAAAGUGUCCUCAUCACACAACAGAGUCAUGAAGAGCUUUUUAAAGUGCUACAGAACAACAAGACUGACUUAAGCAAACAGAAGGUGGUGGUAGUGUCAGUGUCACCUCAGUCCAGAGCCUCCCUCGCAGCCCACUAUAACCUCAGCAGUAGUGAAGCAGGCAGAAGACUAACUACUUUUCUGAAACACAUCGGUGUUCAUCAUGUGUUUGACACGAGCUUCAGUCGGACCUUCAGCCUCCUGGAGAGUCAGAGAGAGUUUGUGGAGAGGUUCCAGAAAAAGGACCAGGACAGAAAAGUUCUUCCAAUGCUGACAUCUGCCUGUCCAGGUUGGAUUUGCUAUGCUGAGAAGACACACGGGGAGUUCAUUCUCCCAUACGUUAGCACAACACGCUCCCCUCAGCAAAUGAUGGGUUCACUGGUCAAAUGCUAUUUUGCUGAACAACAGGGCUUGAGUCCAGAGCAGAUCUACCACGUGACAGUAAUGCCCUGCUUCGACAAGAAACUUGAAGCUUCAAGGUCAGACUUCUAUUUGAAUGAAGCAGAGACCAGAGAAGUGGACCUGGUCAUCACCUCAGGGGAGGUUCUGAAAAUGUUGGAGGAAGAAAACACGUCCCUUCAAGAUUUGGAGCCUGCCAGUCUGGACACAAUGUUCAGUCAUGUUAGUGGGGAUGAGUUUUGGAGCCAUUCUGGAGGUGGAUCGGGGGGUUACCUCCAUCAUGUCUUCACUUAUGCCGCCAAGCAUCUGUUUGGAGAGGAGGUGAAAGAACUUACCUACAAGACUCUCAGAAAUAAAGACUUUCAAGAGGUGACCCUUGAGAAGGAUGGAGUUGUUCUGCUAAGCUUCGCAUCUGCAUAUGGGUUCCGUAACAUCCAGAACCUGGUUCAAAAGCUAAAACGGGGAAAAUCUCCGUACCACUUUGUUGAAGUGAUGGCUUGUCCUUCAGGAUGUCUAAACGGUGGGGGGCAGAUAAAGGCCUUACCUGACCACAACCAAAAGGAUCUCCUCCAGAAAGUUGAGGAACUCUACAAGGCAGAGUGCCCCCUGACUCCAGAAGAGGACACACGUGUGGCUGAAAUCUAUCAGUCCUGGCUCCACAGUGUUGGAGAGGAGCGAGCCAAAGAACUGCUGCACACACGGUACCACGCAGUAGAGAAGCAGACGAACGGACUCAUCUUGAAGUGGUGACGAAUGACUGCAGAACUGUGGAGGAACAGAGCUGUUUGAAGCACCAUAAAAGGCUGAGAUUUUUAGUGAUGGGACAAAUUGUCUGAACCAAAUUAUGUGUAUUAACUGAGAAAGUAAUUUUCUUCAACAUACCAUUUUUUUAAGAUUAAAAAAAUCCAUGUGUUGCAGCUGUUACAGUAACAAAUGUGAAAUGAGUUCAUACAGAAUAUAUAAUUGUUAAUUUGUAUUAUUAAACCAGAUACGUAUAAAUGUGUAUAUUAAAGGCUGAUUUUACAGUAUGUUAUCAGGCAGAUUUACUUUUGUAAUAUUUGAUUGUGAAUUAUCUGUAUUACAGACACUGACAGAAUAAUCCAACUGAUUUAUUGAAUAAAUACUGAAAUAAA